AACCAUCGAUUUCUUCAAAAUCCGCUGCCCACAAAUCUUCCCCAUAAGAAGAGGAGGGUCUCCAAAUUUUAAAUGAGCCAAAAGGUUUAAGAAUCUGAGCGCGCCUGUCAGAAGAAUCCUAUUGGUCACAUCACAUCGCACACUGAUCGCCAUCUCCACCGUUCAUAACUUUACAAAUCAACGGUCUGAAAUCUAUUUCAUCCUUUCCUUCUCCCGCUCACUUUCCCCUAUAAAAAUUGUAAGAACCUCGUAUCUCUACGCAUCAAAAACCCUAACUUUCCCUUGUUUUCGUGAGAAACAAGCAGAAACCCAAAAUCCCAAUUGCCAAUUCACUCGUUUCAAUGGCUCGCACUAAGCAAACAGCGAGAAAGUCCACUGGAGGGAAAGCCCCAAGGAAGCAACUAGCCACGAAGGCAGCCAGGAAGUCAGCUCCAGCCACCGGAGGAGUGAAGAAGCCCCACCGUUUCAGGCCAGGAACAGUGGCGUUGAGAGAGAUCAGGAAGUACCAGAAGAGCACGGAGCUGUUGAUAAGGAAGCUUCCAUUUCAAAGGCUGGUGAGGGAAAUAGCCCAAGAUUUCAAGACAGAUUUGAGGUUCCAAAGCAGCGCGGUGGCAGCCCUUCAAGAGGCGGCAGAGGCGUAUCUUGUUGGGUUGUUUGAGGAUACCAACUUGUGUGCUAUUCAUGCUAAGAGGGUAACCAUUAUGCCUAAGGAUAUCCAAUUGGCCCGAAGGAUUAGAGGAGAGAGGGCUUAAUUGUAGAACUUUUCCAGAUUAAAUGAGAAAUUGCAUUGCUUAA